UUGUCUUAAACUCACAUCGCGUGGUUUUUGGCAGCUGAAUCGUCACAGACCGUUACGUCUAAAUCUUCUAUUUGUAAAACCAGUUUCGUCUUUGCAUCAACUUCUAUUAAUACCGCAAAAUAUAUUAAUCCGCUCCACACACAAAGUAGCUCUCAUUCAAACUAGCUUCCUUCUCGGAUCAAAAUCCAAAUUUCUUAACAAACCAGCUUCUCUCAAUUUCUGUGAGAUUUACCGGCGAAAAAUAUGGAAGAGGUUUUGUUGCAUGGAAGGUUACACGCUACAAUAUAUGAAGUUGAUUCUCUCCAUGGUUCUGAAGGAGGCAGAUCAGGCUUCUUCGGCAAGAUUCUAGCAAAUGUGGAAGAAACAAUUGGUGUUGGCAAAGGAGAACCUCAGCUAUACGCUACAAUCGAUCUAGAGAAAGCUAGAGUUGGAAGAACAAGAAAGAUAACAAACGAACCAAACAACCCAAAGUGGAAUGAAUCAUUCCAUAUCUACUGUGGUCACAUGGCUAAACAUGUUAUCUUCACCGUCAAAGACGAUAACCCCAUUGGUGCAACAUUGAUAGGAAGAGCCUACAUUCCCGUUGAAGAUAUCUUCCAUGGAGAAGAAGUUGAUAGAUGGGUUGAGAUAUUAGACACCGAGAAGAAACCCGUUGAUGGAGGUUCAAAGAUCCAUGUGAAGCUUCAGUACUUUGGCGUUGAAAAAGAUAAAAACUGGAACCGUGGUAUCAAAAGUGUUAAGUUUCCUGGAGUUCCUUACACGUUUUUCUCACAGAGAACAGGAUGCAAAGUUUCUUUGUAUCAAGAUGCUCAUAUUCCUGGAAACUUUGUCCCUAAAAUCCCUCUAGCUGGAGGGAAACACUACGAGGCAAGUCGGUGUUGGGAGGAUAUCUUUGACGCUAUUACUAACGCUAAACACUUGAUUUACAUUACUGGUUGGUCUGUUUACGCUGAGAUCUCUCUUGUGAGGGACUCGAGGAGGCCAAAGGAAGGAGGAGAUGUGACUAUUGGUGAGAUACUCAAGAAGAAAGCUAGUGAAGGUGUUAAAGUUAUCUUACUUGUUUGGGACGAUAGAACAUCUGUUGAUUUGUUGAAACAAGAUGGGCUUAUGGCUACUCAUGAUGAAGAAACUGAGAAUUUCUUUAGAGGAACCGAUGUGAACUGUGUUUUAUGUCCACGUAACCCUGAUGAUGGUGGAAGCAUUGUUCAAAACUUGCAAGUCUCUACUAUGUUCACUCAUCACCAAAAGAUUGUUGUGGUAGACAGUGAAAUGCCUGGAAGAGGAUCAUCAAGAACAAGAUCAAGAAGGAUUGUGAGUUUUGUUGGUGGUCUUGAUCUUUGUGAUGGAAGGUACGACACACCGUUUCACUCCUUGUUCAGGACACUGGACACUGCGCAUCACGAUGACUUCCAUCAACCAAACUUCACUGGCGCGACCAUAACAAAAGGCGGUCCUAGAGAGCCGUGGCAUGACAUUCACUGCCGUCUUGAAGGAGCUAUUGCUUGGGAUGUCUUGUAUAAUUUUGAGCAAAGAUGGAAUAGGCAAGGUGGUCAAGACAUUUUGGUUAAGAUAAGAGAUCUUGAUGACAUUAUCAUCCCUCCUUCUCCUGUUCUGUUCUCAGAGGAUCAUGACGCAUGGAACGUUCAGCUUUUUAGAUCAAUAGAUGGUGGAGCAGCUGCUGCUUUUCCUGACUCUCCUGAAGCUGCAGCAGAAGCAGGUCUUGUGAGUGGUAAAGAUAACAUUAUUGAUAGGAGUAUUCAAGAUGCAUACAUUCACGCAAUAAGGCGAGCUAAAGACUUCAUCUAUAUUGAAAACCAGUACUUCCUAGGAAGCUCAUUUGCUUGGAGUGCAGAUGGAAUCAAACCUGAGGAAAUCAAUGCUCUUCACUUGAUUCCAAAGGAGCUUUCAUUGAAGAUUGUCAGCAAGAUCAAAGCUGGUGAAAGGUUUAAGGUUUAUGUUGUUGUUCCAAUGUGGCCUGAAGGGAUACCUGAGAGUGGUUCAGUACAAGCUAUAUUAGAUUGGCAGAGAAGGACAAUGGAGAUGAUGUACAAAGAUGUGAUCAAAGCACUUAGAGAGAAGGGCCUCGAGGAAGAGGAUCCAAGAGAUUAUCUAACAUUCUUCUGCCUUGGGAACAGAGAGGUCAAGAAAGAUGGAGAGUAUGAGCCUACAGAGAAACCUGAGCCUGACACAGACUAUAUCAGAGCGCAAGAAGCACGCCGCUUCAUGAUCUAUGUCCACACUAAAAUGAUGAUUGUUGACGAUGAGUACAUUAUUAUUGGAUCCGCAAAUAUCAACCAAAGAUCAAUGGAUGGUGCAAGAGACUCAGAGAUAGCAAUGGGAGGCUAUCAACCAUAUCACCUCUCAGUAAGACAACCAGCUCGUGGUCAAAUCCAUGGUUUCCGCAUGUCGUUAUGGUAUGAACAUUUAGGAAUGCUCGAUGAAACUUUCCUCAAUCCAUCGAGCCAAGAAUGUAUAAAGAAAGUUAACCGUGUUGCUGAUAAGUAUUGGGAUCUUUACUCGAGUGAGUCACUUGACCAUGACCUUCCUGGUCAUCUACUUCGCUACCCGAUAGGUAUUGCUAGUCAAGGAGACAUCACUGAGCUUCCUGGAUGUGAAUGCUUUCCUGACACGAAAGCUCGUAUCCUCGGUACUAAAUCUGAUUACAUGCCUCCAAUUCUUACAACCUAAGCUCUGUGGCAAUUGUCUAUAGAUAAUAAAUAAAUUUC